AUGGCUACACCGCUGCUGGUCAAACUAUUCUUGCAGUUGAUAACGAAGCCGUCACCGCUGCAACAUGUUGUCCCCAGGACUGACGACCACUGGUACGCUACCAAUCAAUGCACCUCGUAUAACACCGACACCGGUGCCGAAUACACCUACACCCAAGGAGAUGUCGUCACUUCCUACGGCGGUUCUUACGGCAUAAACGCCAAGGGGCUUUCGCCGGGUGCCAAGGCUGGUAUCGGUGUUGGUGUCGGCCUCGGUGUUCCUCUGCUACUCGGUGUCUUGUACCUCAUCUAUCUGGUGAGAAGAAACACCGCCAGAAAGGAAGCCGCUGCGGCUGCGGCUGAUGGAGGGGUGUCAUCGCAUUCCGGCUCCUCAGCGCCUCAGCCGCAACCGGGAUAUAUGCCCGUCAACCACGACUAUGGCCAACAAAACAUGUAUGAGGCUUCAUACGAGAUGUCUUCUGAUACCCACAAAAAUACCCCACCACAAGAAAUGAGCACUCUUCGUCAUUAG